AUAUUCGGCUGUACCUGCUGUACCCAAUGGAUAUCGCAAAUUAAAUCUUUCGAAUAAAGUACCAUUCGCACAAAUAUUUGCAAACGUGUCAGCUACGAAAUGUAUGCGGAUAAACGUGGCCUAGAGAAGCCCGGCUCAGCUCUGUCGGCAGCAGCAGCGGCGGCAGCGGCAGCAGUGGCAGUCACGCAUUUGGCUACGCCCACACAUGUGCAUGCCCUACAGCAACAGCAGCAGCAACAUCAUCAUGCACUGCAGCUGCAACACCAGCAGCAGCAGCAACAACAACAACAGCAGCAGCAGCAACACUUGCAACACCAACAACAUCACAUGCAGCAACAUAUGCACACGCAUCAUAACUUUCAACAACAUGAGCCAGCCACAUUGUCACAGCAGCAGCACUUGCAACAACAACAGCAGCAGCAGCAGCAACAACAACAACAGCAACAACAGCAACAACAGCAGCAGCAACAGACAGCCGGCAUGUUUACAAGAUUCGAUGCGAACAAAUCGACAAAGGGCGCCUCGAAAAUGCGACGCGAUCUUAUAAAUGCAGAGAUUGCCAAUCUGCGGGAUUUGCUGCCGCUGCCGCAGUCGACGCGACAGAGACUGUCGCAGCUGCAGCUGAUGGCCCUGGUCUGUGUCUAUGUCCGCAAAGCCAACUACUUUCAACAAGUUUUCAAGCGUCACAAUGCGCUGCAUCAACAUCAUCAGACAGCUACACCAAAUAUUGGCUUCUCGAAGGCACUUUCAGGAUUUCUGAUGAUGCUCACACAAAAUGGCAAAUUGCUCUAUAUAUCAGAUAAUGCUGCCGAGUACCUGGGACAUUCCAUGGAGGAUUUACUUAUACAUGGGGAUUCCGUUUACGAUAUCAUUGACAAACAGGAUCACGCAACCAUACAGGCCGAGCUAAAUAGGAACGUGCCACCGCAGCCAGGUGGCAGCAACAGCAGCAGCAAUGUCGGUGUUGGUGUCGGCGUCGGCGUUGCAGAUUCGACAGCCAGCAAUGGUAACGGAGGCGCCUCAAGUCUGGAGGGAGAGCAUCGCAUGUUUCUCUGUCGCAUGAAUGUUAGUCGCAAUGCGCGACGGCAAAUGCGUUUCGGUGAUCAGAAGGUCGUUCUGGUACAGGGUCACUAUUUGUCAUUCCUGCCGCUCUGCAGUCGCAAUGAGCCCGUCUUUCUUGCCACCUGCACACCCAUCGCCAUGCCCGAGACGCGUGAGUGUGUGGUUCAGGGCGCCACCAAUGUCUUUACCACCAUACACUCCAUGGACAUGAAAAUCGCGCACAUUGACAAAAACGGCGAGUUUCACUUGGGCUAUGAUAAGGCGACUCUGCAGGGCACAUCCUGGUACAAUCUGAUACAUAGUGAGAAUCUUCGUGAAGCUCAAAGCAAACACAGGUUAAUUACGCAAUCAGAACAGGAUCGCAGUUGUAUUCUUCUCGUUCGGAUGCAGCGUUCUAGUGGAGAUUACACUUGGGUGCAUGUGGUGCUUCAAGUGCGAGAUAGUCCCGAUUCCACACAGCAGCCUGUGAUCGUGUGCACCAAUCAGGUGCUAAAUGAUCGUGAGGCUUCGAUAAUGCUGGCCAAUUCCUGGCUCUAUCAUUAUUACACGGUGCAGUCCAAAAUACAGUUUGGCAUGCCGCUGGACAGUGCAAUGCGUGUACCGCCGGGCAGCAGUUCCGCCGGCUAUUACAGUACGCAUCAGCAGCCGCUUGGAGGUGGCGCCGCUAGCGUGGGUCUGGGCAUGUCCAGUGGGGCUGGCAGCAUGUCCAGCGUAUUUGGCAGCCAUCAUGCGCAUCAUCACCACCAUCACACAACUUCAGCGGCAUCCUACCAUCAUCAUCAUCCGCAUAUGGGCGCCGCUUAUGGUGGCGUCUACCAUGCCGAGGCCACACUCGAGCUGAAGGAGGAUCAGCAGCUGUAUGGCUUUCAGCCGGGCUCGCUGGCAACGGGCAGUGGCGGCCUGGAGCCUGUGGACUAUAGUCAAGUUAAUGGCGGCACCGGCGGCAGUCAAAAGUCCACGCAGUCGGCAACGCCUCCACCUCCCAAGAAACGAGCACGCAACAAACUGGAGCCGCUUUAUUUGCACGCAGAGCGAUCUCCAGCGGCGGCCAUAACGCCGGAGCCUGACUGCUAUGCCCUGCAUCCGAGUAGUGCUUAUGCCACUGCAACAGCUGGGGCGGCAACGGGCAGUAGUAGCGAUGCAUCCGCCUCGGUUAUUUAUGCGACAAUUGUGCCGACACGUCCGCGAUUGCUGAACAAGACGCUACCGCCGGAUCCGGCGGAUUUCAUUGAACAAUGGAAUCCCAGUCCGCCCUGGUCGGAGUCUGCGCAGAAGGCAUCGCUUGAUAGCUUUGGCUCCUCGCAUGAACUGAGUCCCUGCAUUACCACAACGCCGCCCACGCCCACAAGUGCGACGCCCCAACAUGGCGGACUGAGCGCCCAGACAAUCGGACCAGCAUUCAGUUUUGAAUGGAUGUCGGAUCCGUUGGUGCCUGUCGCCUAUCAGCAAUGGCCGCCAGCGACGGGCGAUCAUCACCAGCAUCUGUCCCAGCAUCUAGCAGCUGCACAGCAGCAACACCAACAUCAGCUGCAUCCACAUCCACAGCAUCAACAUCCACAGCAUCCACAACAUGCACAGCUAACACUGCAUGGUGUUCACGUGGCGCGUGUGGAGCUAGCAACGGAAUCGAUGGUGGCCACGGGCCGUGCUGAUGCCACGGAACCGGUCGAUGAUAGAGAUCCAAAAAAUUAGUGACCUGCGUAUUAUGCAAAGCUCGGAAAUUCCCAGCGCGGCUCGGCGUGCAACGGGCAGGUGAUAAUCACACUUAAAUUAAUUGCCACUUGUCAUCUUAGCGUUUAAAUUAUUUUUAUCUAACUCGAAACAAAAAAAAAAAAAAAAAGAAUAAGAGAAAGAAAAAAACAAACACACACACAAGACAAUAACAUCAAUAACAAUGGUAAUAGUAAUAGUAUAGAUAUCAUUAUAAGCAAAGCUCUAGCUAUCUACUAACCAACCAACUAAUUUGUUUAAGUAAUGUUCAUAUAACAACAAUAUUUCUGUGCAAUUUUGUUUAAAGCUUAAACAUUAAAAUAUAAUAACUGUAUGCUACGUCUACUAUAUAAGCAUUACUUGGAAAUUAGUUUUACGAUUAGCAACUGGAAAAGCAGAAGAGCUCUAUUAGUUGUAAAAACAUUUUUAGUGUCGUUUUUAUGGCGUCUUUUUUACGAGUACUUUCAAAUUUGUUUAUACAUGUAUAGCAUAAAGUAUAUAUACUAUGUUAUUUUAUAGUACCAUAUUCUUUUAGACGAAUUAGGCUAAUUAUUUUAUUUAUGAAAACAUAUUUAU